AUGAGAAGUAGGAAGGCAGGGAGAUCGUGGCGAGGUGUGACGAUGCCACGGGGUGCAAUGGGACGGAAUGGCUAUGGCAGCAACAGCAGUAGGGAUGGGGAGAUGCGGGAUGGGGAGGAGGAGAGGGAUGGGGAGAUGAGGGAUGGGGAGGUGUGGGAUGGGGAGGUGAGGGAUGGGGAGGUGAGGGAUGGGGAGGUGAGGGAUGGGGAGGUGUGGGAUGGGGCGGUGAGGGAUGGGGAGGUGAGGAGUGGGGAGGUGAGGGAUGGGGAGGUGAGGGGUGGGGAGGUGAGGGAUGGGGAGGUGAGGGAUGGGGAGGUGAGGGGUGGGGAGGUGAGGGAUGGGGAGGUGUGGGAUGGGGCGGUGAGGGAUGGGGAGGUGAGGGAUGGGGAGGUGAGGAGUGGGGAGGUGAGGGAUGGGGAGGUGAGGGGUGGGGAGGUGAGGGAUGGGGAGGUGUGGGAUGGGGAGGUGUGGGAUGGGGCGGUGAGGGAUGGGGAGGUGAGGGAUGGGGAGGUGUGGGAUGGGGCGGUGAGGGAUGGGGAGGUGAGGGAUGGGGAGGUGAGGGAUGGGGAGGUGUGGGAUGGGGCGGUGAGGGAUGGGGAGGUGAGGGAUGGGGAGGUGUGGGAUGGGGCGGUGAGGGAUGGGGAGGUGAGGGAUGGGGAGGUGUGGGAUGGGGCGGUGAGGGAUGGGGAGGUGAGGGAUGGGGAGGUGAGGGAUGGGGAGGUGUGGGAUGGGGCGGUGAGGGAUGGGGAGGUGAGGGAUGGGGAGGUGUGGGAUGGGGCGGUGAGGGAUGGGGAGGUGAGGGAUGGGGAGGUGUGGGAUGGGGCGGUGAGGGAUGGGGAGGUGAGGGAUGGGGAGGUGAGGGGUGGCGCUGCACCUGGAAAUAAACCGCUGUCUUGUCGUACGCUGCAUGCGCUGACACUAACUCUAGCCUGA